AUGUCGCUGGUUCGAACAGCAACAAUCGCUCUUCUUCUUAUCGCGUUUCUGCAAAACGCUGUGGCUCAGAAGAGACAUCAAAGUAUUGAAACGUAUAAAGGAGCGGUUGCGACGGACGAUGGACGGUGUUCUGAAAUUGGAACGAGUGUGCUUUGUGAAGGAGGAAACGCGAUUGAUGCGUCUGUAGCGGCUGCACUUUGUUUGGGCGUUGUGAGUCCCGCGUCUAGCGGUAUAGGCGGUGGAGCGUUUACAGUGGUUAAGAUGGCUGGUGGAAAAGAAAUAGCUUAUGAUUCUAGAGAAACCGCUCCUCUCAAAGCCUCUGAGGAUAUGUUUGGUGGUAAUCCUGAACUAAAGAGGAAAGGAGCCUUAUCGGUAGGCGUUCCCGGGGAAGUCGCGGGUCUAUUCACGGUUUGGAAACAGCACGGAAAGCUACCGUGGAAGCAGUUAGUGAUUCCCGCAGCGAAACUUGCAGCGGAUGGAUUCAAGAUUUCAAAGUAUCUUUAUAUGCAAAUGAACUAUUUUAGAGACGAUUUCUUAGCAGAUGAAGGUCUCUCAGAGAUAUUUGUCUCAAAUGGAGAGAUCAAGAAACCAGGGACAAUAGUCCGUAACCCGAAAUUGGCUUCUACGUUGAGUCAAAUUGCGGAAAACGGUCCAAACGUGUUUUACAAUGGCACGGUUGGGGUUAACCUAGUGAAUGAUAUACAAAAAUUAGGAGGGAUAGUAACUUUGAAAGAUCUUCAGAGUUACAAAGUUAAGGUUACAGAACCGCUAACUAUGGAUAUACUUGGACACCGAUUACUCGGUAUGCCUCCUCCUUCAUCCGGUGGUCCUACAAUGAUGCUUGUUUUGAAUAUUCUUUCUCAAUAUGAGAUUCCAUCAGGCGUUUCAGGCCCUCUCGGGGUUCAUCGACUAAUCGAGGCUUUAAAACACGCAUUCGCAGUUAGAAUGAACCUUGGUGAUCCGGAUUUUGUUGCGGAUGUUCCUAAGGUUGUUUCGGAUAUGUUGUCUCUAAAGUUUGCACAAGACUUGAAGAGUAAGAUAAACGAUGAGAAAACAUUUGAUCCCAAAUAUUACGGUGGCAAAUGGAAUCAGAUCAAAGAUCACGGAACAAGCCAUUUAUCAAUCAUAGAUGCUGAAAGGAAUGCUGUUUCAAUGACUACUACAAUAAAUGAUUACUUUGGGGCAAAAAUGUUGUCUCCGAGCACCGGAAUUGUUCUCAACAACGAAAUGGACGAUUUCUCGAUGCCUAUGAAAUCCCUAAACCCUGAUGUGCCUCCGCCGGCACCGGCUAACUUUAUUCGUCCUGGAAAACGGCCUUUGUCCUCUAUGUCACCCACCAUUGUACUCAAGGACGGUAAAGUGAAAGCCGCGGUGGGUGCAAGCGGAGGAAUGUUUAUCAUCGCUGGAACAACGGAAGUUUUCUUGAAUCAUUUCUUCCUCAACAUGGAUCCUCUUUCUUCACUGAUACCAAACAAAAUUUCGUAUGAGAACUGGACUACGGUUUACAAUGGUCAUUUCGAGAUACCUAAAGAGACAAGACUUGUGUUGGAGAAGAAAGGUCAUGUCCUAGCUCCGAUCGCCGGAGGAACGAUUUCUCAGUUCAUAGUGGAUGAAUCCGGUGGAAAUCCCGGCGGAAUGAGUAAGCUUGUGGCGGUUAGUGAUCCAAGAAAAGGAGGGUUCCCUUCAGGAUAUUGA